CCCUCCGCGCUCCGCCCGCGGCCGGGGUGUUUCUGGGACCCCCUUUCUUUCUCUCUUUUCCUCCCCCCCCCCCCCUCCCCGAAAGAGUCAAUAAAGAUUACGAAAGAGCCGUUUGAUGGGCAUAAAAUUCCCGAUUAGAUGUCACAGUCGAGCCUUAAACCGCGUCGAGGAAAAUAGUAUUUGGUGGCUUUAAACUCUGUGGGUCGUCCUGGCUGUUGUCGGAGAAGAGGAAAUUGCUAGAAAGCGAGGGGGGGACGCGGCGCUCCGAGGCUCCUCCGCAGCUCUCCCCCGGCUCGGCCAAAUCUUAGCAAUGGCUCUGAUCGUGAUCUUAAAUGCGCCGAGCCGGGAGCUGCCCCUUCCCGGCUCGGAGCGCGGUGGCGGAGGGCUGCGGGGCAGCGCCGAGCCGGGAGGCGGCGGAUCGAGGAAGAUGGAAAAGAAAAUGAAUGAAAACCCGAACGGCCAGGACGGCGCGGCUAAAGUCUCUCAAGUGGAAAGUCCCGAGCCCAAGUCCACGUUGCAAGACGAGAGGAGCUGCCUGCCCGAAGGCUCCGUGUCCAGCCCCGAGGUCCAGGAGAAGGAGACUAAAGAGGAAAUCAAGUCUGAUACUCCAACGAGCAAUUGGCUAACUGCAAAGAGUGGCAGAAAGAAGAGGUGCCCUUACACUAAACACCAAACACUGGAAUUAGAGAAAGAGUUCUUAUUCAAUAUGUAUCUCACCCGAGAGCGCCGCCUAGAGAUCAGUAAGAGCGUAAACCUCACUGACAGGCAGGUCAAGAUUUGGUUUCAAAACCGCAGAAUGAAGCUCAAGAAGAUGAGCAGGGAGAACCGAAUCCGAGAACUGACCGCUAAUCUGACCUUCUCCUAAGGCGUUCCCGGGGGUGGCAACAGCGAGCAGUGGGCACGGCACCGCCGGUGCCACGUGGGGGAGAGACUGUGGCAGAACCGUCCUUUUCCUUUUAUUUUCUGGUAGAAUGUGACUCUUCGUCCUUCUUUUAGCGCUGCAAGUGAAUAUGUAUUACUAUGACGAGUAUAUAUAAAACCUAGCACGUGUAAUUUAUUUUUGUUCUCAUCGUAAUGCAGGGUAACUAUUAUUGAAUAUUAUCAUUUGGUCUUAACUUAUUGGAACUGUCGAACAUCCAAGCAAUGUGACUUUUUUUUUCAUGUUUUUACUAACAAAAUGGUAUUUAUGUGGGGCUGUUACACGGGCCAUAACGUUUGGAGUACGUUCACUACUUUAAGAAACGGGGGGGGGGGGGGGGGAAACUUUGGGGGCGGGGGGAAAGAGAAGCACAUCGCAAUGUAACUAUCCUCGCAAAUGAACUUAGAGGUCGUCCUUCGUAAAAUGGAAUCUUUCAUUCCUCUCCAUUGUAGACAUUUUCUUGUGGUGCAUAUGUGGAAUAGUAGUCGUUCAGCAGCAAUAUGUCCUUCUUGUGCAUGUUCUGUUCGCAUGUAUAAUGCAAUAAACUCUGUAAACUAC